CAAAGGGACAUAAUCGUUCGCGGGAAUGGCUAGGGUCAAAGGUUAAAUAAUAUUGCCGAGACCGAGGAACGAAAAUGGCCGGCGACCAGAAGCAGUUUGAAACCCUGCUUGAGGCUUUAAUGAGCCCAGAAAAUGAUAAAAGAACAGAGACCGAGGAAGUGUAUGACAAGAUUGAUAUUUCACAGAAAGUUACAUAUCUAGUUACUGCUUUAAGAAGUGCUGACAAUGCCAUAGAGGUUCGUACAUUGGCUGCAGUUUUGUUGCGGCGAUUAUUUACCAAUGACUUCAAUGAGUGGUGGCCAAAGAUUUCGCCUGAGCUCCAGGCAGGGGUCAAGAUGGAACUCAUGAAAGGAAUACAAGAAGAGUUAACUCCCCCUGUCAAAAGGAAAGUCUGUGAUGCAACAGCUGAAUUAGCAAGAAACUUGAUUGAUGAAAGUAAUAAUCAAACAUGGUCCGAUUUCCUAAAGUUUAUGUUUGAAUGUGCAAGUGCUGAGGAUGUUAGUUUGAAGGAAAGUGCUUUACAUAUAUUCAGUGUUGUCCCAGGAAUCUUUGGUGAUGAGCAAAGUCAGUAUUUAGAUGUAAUUAAACAGAUGUUAGCUCAGAGCAUGGCUGUACCAGACGCCCCUACUGUAUGGUUCGAGGCUGUCAAAGCUUUAACGGCUUUCCUCACUACUAACGAGGGUGAAGCCUCCAUUGUUCACCACUUUCGUGAUUUACUUCCCGGAGUUAUACAGGCGGUUUCAGAAAGUGUAACACAACAAGAUGAUGAUUCUGUACUGAAGUGUUUGAUUGAACUUGCUGAAAAUGUGCCAAAAUUCCUCCGACCACAAGUAGAGAAUGUUCUUACGUUUGAAAUGAAGGUUUUGUCGGACACAAACUUACCCGAUACUUGGAGACAGUUGGGCCUUGAGGGAAUAGUAACACUGGCAGAGUCAGCCCCAGGAAUGGUCAGAAAAUGUUCAAAGCUUAUUCCUAUGUUAGUUCCACAAGUGUUGGCGAUGAUGGUAGAUCUAGAGGAGGAAGAAGAUUGGGCAGUUCAGGACAAUUUAGAUGAAGAAGAUGGAGAUUGUAACUCUGUGGCUGGAGAAAGUGCCCUAGACAGGCUGUGCUGCGCACUAACAGGCAAAACUAUGUUACCACAUGUCCUAGCUAAUGUACCCCAGAUGUUACAAAAUAGUGAGUAUACUAAGAUACAUCUACUGACACGUAAAAACUUCCAUCCUUAUCAGUUCUCUAGAUUGAUGGAAACAGGAACGAAGAUGGUUUUAGAACAGAUGGUCACUACUUUAGCAUCGGUAGCAGACACAGCCGAGGAAAAGUUCACAAAUUACUAUGACAGAUUUAUGCCAUGUUUGAAAUACAUUGUACAACAUGCAGACAACACCAAUUAUAAAUUAUUGAGAGGGAAGACGAUAGAAUGUAUAAGUUUAAUAGGAUUAGCUGUGGGCAGAGAUAAGUUUAUGCAAGAUUGCAGUGAUGUGAUGCAGUUAUUAUUAAAAACACAAACAGAUAUGAAAGAUCUGGCUGAUGAUGAUCCACAGAUUUCAUACAUGAUUGCAGCCUGGGCUAGAAUGUGUAAAAUUCUUGGAAAAGAUUUCGAGCAGUAUCUUCCAUUAGUAAUGGGUCCGGUUUUACGAGCUGCAUCAUUAAAACCAGAGGUUGCCGUAUUAGACAGUGAAGAUCUCCCAGAGGUAGAAAAUGAUACAGAUUGGCAGUUUGUUACCCUUGGUGAUCAGCAAAGUUUUGGUAUAAAGACAGCAGGCCUCGAGGAGAAGUCCACUGCGUGUCAGAUGUUGGUUUGUUACGCACGUGAAUUAAAGGAAGGUUUCGCCUCAUACACAGAAGAAGUUGUCAAUAUAAUGGUGCCGCUGCUGAAGUUUUUCUUCCAUGACGAGGUUAGAACAUCCGCAGCUGAAAGUUUACCAUACCUCAUAGAAUGUGCGCAGAUCAGGGGAGAUAAAUAUGUGGAGGAAAUGUGGAAAUAUAUCUGUCCUAACCUUCUCAAAGCUAUCGAGCUGGAACCAGAAAUAUCAGUCUUACCAGAACAUAUGGGAUCCCUAGCUAAAUGUAUAGAGAUUCUUGGGAAAGGAUGUUUAAAUACAGAAAUGAUGGCGCAGUUAAUGCAAAUAUUAGAUAAACAAUUAAAAUCACAUUUUGAACGACAAAAUGAACGUCAAGAAAAAAGAAAAGAUGAAGAUUAUGAUGAUGUAACAGAGGAACAACUUAUGGAAGAGGAUGAUGAAGACGUAUAUAUACUUAGUAAAAUCUCAGAUAUAAUUCAUUCAUUAUAUGGAACGUAUAAAGAAGAAUUUGGUCCUAAUUUCGAUACCUUGUUGCCUUAUUUUGUUAAACUUGUCGGUCCAGAAAGACCGUGGCCAGAUAGGCAAUGGGGUCUUUGUAUAUUUGAUGAUGUUUUAGAACAUGAAGGACCGCGUUCGGUGAAAUAUCAGGAGUUUUUCUUACAAAGUUUACUCAACAGUGUCUGUGAUAAACAAGCUGAGGUUAGACAGGCUGCCGUAUAUGGUGUAGGCAUUAUGGCAAUGUUUGGUGGUGAUGCUUAUGCUCACCUUUUCCCAGAAAUUAUGCCACGAUUAUUACAAGUUAUACAAGAUCCAGAGUCAAAGUCGGUGGAGAACCUGAACCCCACAGAGAAUGCAAUAUCAGCUGUUACGAAGAUCUGUAAAUACCACGGUGAUAAAGUAAAUCUGACGGAGUUAAUCCCCUUGUGGUUGUCGUGGUUACCAGUGACGGAGGACGAAGACGAGGCGUGUUAUAUAUACGAUUACCUGUGUGAUCUAAUUGAAAGCAAUAACCCGUUAGUACUGGGGGAAAAUCAUCAAAACUUUCCCAUCUUGGUACAGAUAUUUGCGGAGGCGUUUUAUCGCAGUGUAUUAGAUAAAGAUGCAAAAGUGAAAGAAAGAAUCCUUACACUUAUUAGAACUGGAAUGGCCAACCAAGAGAUAUAUCAGGCUUGUUUAAGUAUCCUUAAUGAAGAACAGAAAACAGCGUUACAAGAUGAACUUUCUAAAUCUGUGACCCCUGUACAACAAUGACGUACAGAGUGAAUUAGGCCACCAAAAA